AAAAUACAAAAAGGUCUCGCUAAAAACAAAUUUCAUAACAAAUUGGAAAGAAAAAGUGAUAAAUUGGCAUUAAUUGUGAUAAAAAAUCGCAAAAAAAGUAAAAAACACUCGAAAAUAUUCCAAACAUGAAUAUAAAUUUGCCGGAUUUGAAAAAGUUUGCAAAAGAAGCAGGCAAUCAAAUUUCUUCUAAUUUUCAGCGCGUAGUGCAAUUGACUGAGGAGAAACUUGGCACUGCUGAACGCACCGAAUUAGAUUCACAUUUUGAGAAUUUAGCUGAGCGCGCGGAGUGUUCCCGAAUAUGGACAGAAAAAAUCGUCAAAGAUACCGAAGCGGCGCUCAUUCCGAAUCCGGGAUAUCGCGUGGAGGAUUUCAUUUUCGAGAAAAUCGACAAACAAAAACCCACGCGUUUGAGCAACAUGGAGUACUUGGGUUUGGAUAUGAUUGAAGCAGGCGGCGAAUUUGGGCAAGAUGGGCCCUAUGGCAAGGCAUUGAUAAAAACGGGACAAGCAGAACAGAAAUUGGGACAUAUUGAACGGGAUUUUAUCAAUGCGAGCGCCACGUGCUUCACACAGCCCUUGCGACGCUUCUUGGAUGGCGAAAUGAAGACAAUUAUCAAGGAAAAGGGGAUCCUUGAGUCGAAGAGAUUGGAUUUAGACGCCUGCAAGAAUCGCGUUCGCAAAGCACGAAGCAUGCUUGGACAACAAACGGCCGAAAAGGAUCUCCGUAUCGCUCAAUCCGAGUUCGAUCGACAAACGGAAAUCACAAAAUUGCUGCUCGAGGGAAUUUCGACGUCGCAAGCCUCACAUUUGCGACACUUGCAUGCGUUCGUCGAGGCGCAAGUCCGUUACUUUAAUCAGUGCAAUAAAAUAAUGAAUGAUUUGCAGCGGGAACUUGCCAGUUUGGGAGGCCCGCAGCCAUACGUUCCCGUGCAAGGUUUAGAUGAAGAUACGGCAUCGCAGAAUCCAGGAGGCACCGUCGACUUAAAUGGCAUCCAAUUUCGUCGGGCACGCGUUUUGUGCUCUUACGAUGCGAAAGAUGGCACAGAGUUGAAUUUGACUGCCAAUGAGAUAAUUUUCGUCACCGAAUGCGUUCCCAACAACCCCGAUUACAUGACAGGCAAACAAGGGCUCGUGCGUGGACUGGUUCCGAGAGCAUUCUUAGAGCUACUUAGCGAUUAAAUUCUCACGUUAAAAAUCGAUUGUAAAUUUUUGUUUUUGUAAUUAUUCUUAAGUUUUGUGUCUCUCGCAUGUUCGCCAUCAUGAAAAACAAAAAUAAAAAAAUUAGACGUUGCAAUUAAAAAAAAAAACUAAAAUAUAGAUCGUAAGGAAAAAUUUUAACACAAGGCACCUUUUUUGUUAGAAAUUAAUUUAAAAAAAAAAAUGUUAAGAACUUAUUAAAUAAGACACAUGCACUUCCAAGCGAUACAAAGCAUAGUCCAGAUAUACGUAUCUAUAAAAAAAAAAAGAAAAUUUAGUCAACUUGGAUUUUACUUGAAUUAUUAUUAAAAAAAUAUUUAAAAAUUGGUCAAAUAAAAAAAUUAACGAUCGUGUGAAGACAAUAUCUAGAAAGAAAAAGAAAAAAAAAUAUUUAUUAUUAUUAAAAAAAAAAUUAGAGAAAAGUUGAUGUUUUUUGCUUAUAAAUUAUAAAAAAAAAAAAUAAUUAAAAAUUAUCGUUCACUGCCGUUUAAAUGGCUUGAAAGAUUUUUCCCUCAACAGCUUAAAAAAGUCUUAAAUCGAAUAUAAUUUUAAUUAAUUAAAAAUAAAUUAAUACCUCAGAUGGUUGCAACGAAACUUUUAAAGAAUGCUCCAGUCAGUCCCGCUUCAACGCAUUCCUCAUUUUUUUAUCGUCAUUAUUUAAGCAUUUAUGUCGCUCAUUAGAAUCAGUGUUCAAUUAAAAAUAAAAAAAAAAUGAGUCAA